UCCACCUCCUUUUUGUCUCUCCUCUUUAGUCAUUUGGUUCAAUUCUUGAUCCAUUAUUCCUUAUGGAUCAAUCAAGAUUUUGGAUCCAAAAGCAACAACCGUGUUUGAAUCCUCAUGUCUUAUCUUCUUUCGGCGAUUCGUGGGAAGAACAAGCAUUUGCAGAAGACGCAACCGGGCCACUUGGAGGGUGUGUAUGGCCUCCAAGAUCUUAUACUUGUAGUUUUUGUAGAAGAGAGUUUCGGUCAGCUCAAGCUCUUGGUGGUCACAUGAACGUGCAUAGGAGAGAUAGGGCUAGACUCAAGAAGAUUUCAAGUUCAAACAACAUGAAUCAAGUUGUUAAUCAACCUCAUACAUCUUUUGAUAUAUGUGUGUUACCAAACCCUAAUAAGAUUUGUAACCCUAAUUUGGACUUGGAUCAUUUGCAUCCUCUCUAUUCAUCUUCUUCUUCUCCUAGAACUUCUACAGUUUCGAUUGUUCGUCCUUUCGCUUUCUCUUUUGGUCAAGAACAUCAAAAGGGUACCCCUAUAUUAUCAUGCUCCAAGUUUGAAAAACCUCAAAAAAUAUUUCAUUUAGCUGAUAUGGGAAAUCUUGAUAAGGGUGGUACUAAAGUUCUUGAAUCAAAUUUCACAACUUUAAAGAGGAAUAAUCAGCAGAUUGAGGUUCAUUUAGCAAGUGAAUUGAAUACACUUGUUAAAAGAAGAUGUGAUAGAGAGGCACAUAUCUUUAACAGCAAGGAUGAUGAACAAGAUUGUUUCAUCUUUAAGAAGAGGCGAAUAGACCGCGGAGAUGAAGCUGAAUCAGUUGUGCCACUUGAACGUAGCACAAACUCGAGUUUAGAGACUUUGGAUCUUGAGUUAAGGCUCGGUGAUCAUCGGCCUUAAUCGAUCGAUCAGGUAUUGUGUGCAGAAACUGUCUUUAAUAAGUGUUGUUGUUUCUUCCUUUUGUUUAACUUUUAAUUAGUCCAUUUGAUUAAAGAUUUGAGGGCAAGUCUUCUUUGAUGAAGAUAUGAUGAUAACAAGCCAUGUGAGUGUAACAAGAUAUACAUGUAAUUUACAUGAAUAUUAAUUGAUUGAACUUUUUGUAAAUUGAAUUGCUUGCUAUGAA